AUGGAUAUAAUGAACAAUCUGGUCAAAGCCGAGAAAGAGGUUAUGAGGGCGCACGUACGCUUGCAUCGGAAGCGGCGUGAUGAUCGAAGAUCUGAUGAUGAUGAAAGGUUCUGCCUGACGGACGUCGCUGUUGUGCCAAAUUUCUAUACGGGAUCGGACCAUCGCCUCCUCCGAGGAAGAUUUUCCUUCACAAGGAGAGAAAUGAAAGCCGCUAAGUUUAGAAAGCAAAGUCCCAGAACUACCAUCAACUGGGAUCUCUUCGCUACGCUAGCCGGCUUUUGGGAAGAUUCCGCAAUGGACAACAUCGACGAGGAAUAUGACCGGCUCUUUGAACACCUUCACGACUGCGCGAAGAAGGCUGAGAGUUCUAAAAUCACCAAGAGACGCCUGUCUCUUGAAACUCUUGAGCUGAUACGCCAGCGUGGAGCAGCACGAGCCGCAGGGAACCAAGAACUCACGUUCGUGCUCGCAAUGCUUUGCAGAGAGGCGAUAAAGGAAGACCAUAAAGAGAGAAGAGCAGAAGUGCUGGCUGAAGCUGCAGAGGCGGGGAAAAGCAUCCACUAUGCCCGUCGAGACUUCGCCAGUCGCAAGACAAGGACGACUGCUCUCCGGAGCCCGGAGGGAACAACAGUUGCAUCGAUAAGGGAGAUGGAGAAAAUCAUCUACGAUUUCUACUUUGAUCUCUUUGACAGCCAUGUCCACUUGCCUGCUCACCAUCUGAGGGAGGACAUGUCACUCCAGAGGAUUGAAAAAGUCUUGGAUGAAGGACAGCCAUGCGAGCAAGCAGGAAUUCGAAAAGGAUUCAGCACGAUUGACCACAUUUACACUGUUUCGAAACUCAUCGAGGUAUCACGAGAGUACAAGAUGCCGCCCUGUCUCACCUUCAUCUACUUGAAGAAGGCCUUCGACUCAGUUGAGACGGAAGCGGUCGUGGAAGCCUUGGAGAACCAAGGCGUCCCUACUCAGUACAUAAAGGUACUUCGAGAGUUGUACAGUAACUUCACGACCGGAAUUUCGCAAUUCUACAAGAAUAUCAUCAUUGACGUGGAGAGGGGAGUCCGACAGGGUGAUACAAUCUCACCCAAAAUAUUCACAGCCACCCUCGAGAACGCAAUGCGAAAGUUGGAAUGGGACGACAUGGGAGUGAAGGUCGACGGUCGGCAGGUACACCAUUUGCGCUUUGCUGAUGACAUCGUACUGAUAACACCUAGCAUCAGCCAAGCGGAACGAAUGCUGACCGAAUUCGACGAAACACGUGGGUGCAUCGAUCUUCAGCUGAAUCUCCAAAAGACGAUGUUUAUGCGCAACGGAUGGGUCUCGGAUGCCCCAUUCACGCUGAACGGAAUGAACAUAUCGGAAUGCACCAGCUACGUUUAUCUGGGUCGGGAAUUGAACAUGAUUAACGACCUGAUCCCCAAGCUGGGCACGAGGAGAUGA